GAAUGCCAAGACCAGCCCACUGCAGGACGAGUCUUGAGCCCAGGUUCAGCUCUCACAUCAGCUGCCGGCCGGAGCGCUUGUCACUUGUACGCAGGACAUGGGGCAGAGAUAGUGGAGCAGAGGAGGAUUUGUCAUUUCCAGACACAGCUCGAUGUUUCGAACUUGAAAGUUCCCUCUGGUGGCCUUUGAGGAUAUAGCAAAGCAGUGAUUUGAGCUACAAGAAGGACAAAGUGAAUAUUUCAAUAUAAAUUAUCCUCCAACACAACGAUGUUAAAUCCUCUUGAAAGUUGAUUUAUGUGCUUUGUUGGAAUAUGGCAAUAAGAGGGACUACAGAGGAUAGCUUUUAACAGAGGAUAGUUUUUAAGAAUAGCAAAAGAAGAAAGAAGAAUGGAAGCCUCAUACGGUGCUAGCGCCGCCGUUGCUCCAACUCUGCCAUCGAUCACCUCGUCUCCAGGUUACCUGAUCAGAAUGUUUCGGGAGUAUCAAAGCAACGCCGUCAUCAUGUCCCAUUACAACUUCACCGGAAAGCUGAAAGAGAACAAAUACCGGGAUGGACUGAAACCCGAGGCCAUUGCGUUUCUCAUCAUCUGUCUUCUCAUCGUGGUGGAAAAUGCCAUUGUUUUGGUGGCAAUAUGGAAGAACAAAAAAUUCCACAUGCCCAUGUACUACUUGCUGGGCAACUUGACGCUCUCUGACUUGCUGGCAGGCUUCACCUACAUGGUGAACAUCGUGACUUCGGGUGCAAACACUCUCAAAAUGACUCCAGUUCUGUGGUUCCUUCGAGAAGGCGGCGUGUUUAUCACACUUUCUGCAUCUGUCAUCAGUCUCCUCGCUAUAGCUAUCGAGCGGCAUGUCACGAUGGUCCGGAUGAAGCCGUAUCAAGGGGCCAAGCGUGGCCGAAUGUUCGGUUUGAUUGUUGCAAGUUGGGUUCUUUCGGUGCUCCUCGGGAUUCUCCCAAUCAUGGGCUGGAAUUGCAUAGGAAAUCUGGACGAAUGCUCCACCGUCUUGCCUCUUUACUCCAAGAGCUUCAUCCUCUUUUGCAUUACCGUGUUCACUCUGGUUCUGAUGUCCAUCGUGGUGCUGUACGUGCGCAUCUUCCGCAUAGUGAAGUCCAACACCCAGCGAUUAGGCUGCAGCCCUCAGCGCAAAGGUCUGACCAGGAAGUCCCAGAAGUAUCUGGCUCUGCUGAAGACAGUCACCAUCGUUCUCGGGGUCUUCAUCGCCUGCUGGUCGCCUCUCUUUGUGCUCCUUCUGCUGGACUUCGGCUGCCCUGCUCAAAGUUGUGAGGUGCUGUUCAAGGCAGACUACUUCCUGGGUAUUGCCAUGAUUAACUCGCUCAUAAACCCCAUCAUUUACACCCUAACUAGUAAAGAUAUGCGGAGAGCCAUUCUGAGACUGGUCUGCAGCUACUGUCUGAUAUCAAAAGACGGAGAGGUGAAGAAGUUUGGCAUGGCUUUCCUAGACUGUAGCACCAGUAAGGUAGAGGUGCCGUCACAAAGGCUGGAGGGCCUCGAAACGAUGGUCUCCUCGGGGCACUUCACACCAGCCACUAUUAAAGCUAUCUACCCGAGGAUAUUGAAAAGCUGAGGAAAAAAAAUGCAUUAAAUUCAAACUGACAAUGCAAGUCUUAAUGGACAGUUCAACUUCUCCUGGUUCAGGUUGAAUAUUUAUAAAACUGCCAAACAGACAAGUAUGAGGUGCUUGGGAAUGAAUUCAGGAGACGUUGGAUGAGGUGGAACUCAUAAAUGAAACACAUAAAUGUUGUUUUGGACUUUAGAGCUGAAGACUUGGUUUCCUCCACAUGCAUUGAAGCAAACCACGAGGCUACCAGAGAACAUGGUAGACCAGACAAUAGGAUUGUUUUUUUACUGUGAUAAAUACCAGUGUUUAAAAUGGAUUGUCUGAGGGUCAGACUUGCAAUACAAGAGCUACGGUGCCUUUUUAAAAAUAGGAUUUUAAACAGCAAAAAACAAGCAGUUAUACAUUAUUGUGCAAAUAUGCUUUGAAAAGAACUCUUCUGAUGUUAUACGGGACUCGUAUGAGCAUUUUUUUUUCAAGAUUUUGUGGUGAAAAGACAAAAAGAAAAUGACGGGUUGAUGCCACCACACACAAGCAUGUUAGUCCUCUGGCAUUUUAAGAGUACAUAUGCAUGCAAAUAAAAAGGCAAGUGACUAUUUUUCAUUUGUAAGAUGUUUCCUCUUAUAUUGGUGUUUCGGGAAGUAAUGUUUUCAUGUUAAAGCUCCCCUUAACCACGUAACCAAGUAUGCUAUACUUGUCUUUAUUUGUUUAUUCAGUAAAUAUUGUUUCAGCUGACAUAAGGUGGCACAAGCUAUAUAAAUAUUGUAACAUAGUUUUUAUGUUGUUUUUAUGGAAUGGCAUCAUUUAUCUUUAGCAGUCUGCAGUGAUAAAAAAAAAAAAAACAGCACUGACAUUCAAGCAAUAUUGCAUUUCUGUAAAAAUCUGUACUGAAAAAGAUGCAUUUUAUGUGUUUAAACGUAUUUUGUUGAUCCUAAAUUAUGAGCCUUAAAAACAAAUCUUUUAUAAGUGCAUUCAUUAAAAAUGUUUUCUUGAA